AUGACGCGAGUCCGACAGUCGAAAUACUCCAAGUUGCCAGUUCGCUUCACCCGGGAAUACACAUGUCAUGCCACCCGCGAAUCGAUACUCGGGAUCAAAUUCGAAGAAAAAUGGAAGAAAGAGAGAUCACUGGGCCAGGGAGCAUACGGUGUUGUCUGGUUGCAACAAUGCGUGACCGACAGCUCCCCCGGACGGCUACGGGCAGUCAAGGAGAUAGUUAAAGCAUCGUCCUCGGAUACCUUCAACUACACGCGAGAACUGAAAGCCCUUGCUAAAUUCUCUCGAAACCAAUAUGCCGAUUAUUUCGUUAGGUCAUCAGGAUGGUACGAGAACGAACACUCCAUCUUCAUCGCCAUGGAAUAUAUGAGACUCGGUGAUCUUCAACAAUACCUCGGCAAGGCGAUUCCGGAAGUCGAGGCGCAGACGAUUACUUUUCAACUGCUCGAUGCCCUUGCUUUCAUGCAUAAGGAUGGGUACGCUCACCGCGAUUUGAAGCCUGCGAACAUAUUUGUCUCAUCAAAAGGCCCAGAUUGGUGGAUCAAGAUUGGCGAUUUUGGCGUCAGCAAACGAGUGGAUCAUGAUUUGACGGCCCUUCGCACUGCGAUCGGUACUCUUAGUUAUAUGGCGCCAGAAAUGCUUCUGAACAAGCACAAAACCGUGCCAGACACCCCAAACUUUGUCUAUACAUCAGCAGUUGAUAUCUGGUCUGUUGGAGUGAUCGCCUUCUACAUACUGACUGGCGAACUGCCGUUUUCGGGUAUUCCGGCUUUGCUGCAAUACACGAUGAACCCAGACGAUUCUCUCUGGGUCACAUUGCGGGAUUAUGGUGUCAGCAGAACAGGAGAAGAUUUGGUCAAAAAGCUCCUUUGUGUAGUGCCUGCCGAUCGACUAUCUGUUGGACAGGCUCUCCGCCAUCGAUGGUGGGAAACAAUACCUCCCGCGAGAGCCGAAUCCUUGGGCAGAAAUUCCCAAUACAGUACACCAGAGUCCAUCGAGCCAUCUGGAAGGUGGAGUGCAUUUGACGAGACAGAAACAUGGCCGGACACACAGCUAGAAUAUCGACUGAAACCAAGUGCAGAACAAGUUUCGAUCCCUUCAAACCCCGAAAAAUCUCGAGAAUCCCACGACGUCAGAGAACACGACCAAGAAGUCUUUUCUCCAACGAGACCCGAUCCUAUCCCACAUACCCAGCUUGGCGAUAGACUAGAGUCGGCUUCUUUCAAUGGUAGUACCUCUUCCCUCACAGUGAUAGCGAGUCCCCUGCCAGCCAUACAGAGGAAGUCUGUCGCAGAUAUCGUGCAUGCAGUUGAGAAGUCUGCGGCUUCAGGAAACUUUCCAGGGCCCAGUCAAACAAGACUUGGAUAUGACACCCCACCUAAGACACGGAAUCGACGUUAUUCACGUGGCUCGUAUAAGACAAAUACACCCAAACCUCAAAGCACAGCCAUGAGCAUCGGUGCCUUUCUCGCAGCCACUACUAUGUUGCUUGCCCUAAGAAAUUCCCGCCAAGAAAAUGCAGAGAGAGGGAGACGACGCACACCAGCGGCGUCUACGGCGUCAGGAAGAAAGCCAAAGGAAAGAAGAAACCGAUUUGAGCGGUCAUUAAGCCAAACGCGGGAUUGA